AUGUAUAACAUUAUGGAGCACCAACUCAAGUCCUCUGGUCCCUCGCAUCAUCUUGGAACAGGGAUGCCACCUGCGAAUGGAGGAGGGGGGCACGGGGGCGGCCACACAGGAUCCAAACCACCGGCAAUCCAACCUGACCCGAUGGACAAAGUCAAGCGGCCCAUGAAUGCCUUCAUGGUAUGGUCUCGCGGCGAGCGACGGAAAAUGGCUCAGGAGAAUCCCAAAAUGCACAAUUCUGAGAUAUCCAAAAGACUGGGUGUCGCGUGGAAAUCUCUGACAGACGCAGAGAAAAGGCCCUUCAUUGACGAGGCCAAGCGCCUCCGCGCGGUGCACAUGAAGGAUUAUCCAGACUAUAAAUACAAACCCCGUCGUAAAACCAAACUAAUGCCGAAGAACAAUACUCUAGCCGCGCAGUAUCAGAUGUCGGCUGGUAACCACCUGCUGAGUGCGUCCACGGCUCAGGGACAAGGUGGAAACCCCAGAAUCGACAGUUAUGGCUGGGGCCACACCGGGGGCUACACGGCGGCGAUGCAGAGCGAGGCCCUCGGCUACAGCCAGCAACUUCACCGCUAUGACCUGUCAGCACUUCAGUAUCAGUCCAGCGUGGCCCAGGCCCAGGCCUACAUGAAUGGUGCCAACGCAUACAGCCCCAUGUCCUACAGCAGCAGCACCCAGCAGGUCAGCCCAGUGAUGUCUAUGGUGAAGCAGCAGUCUGAUGGCCACAGCAUGUCCCCCUCCCCUACGGGGACCCACAACCACCACCAGGCCCAGCGUGGUCUCCAGGUCCAGGGGGACCAUCUCAGAGACAUGAUCAGCAUGUACAUGCCUGGGGGGGAUGCCUCAGAUGCUCAGAGGGGGUACUCUGCAUCCGCAGCUAACAUCCAGCAGCAUUACCUGGGAGGGUCAGCUCCACUCACCCACCUUUGA